CGGUCGCAUUGACAUGCAAUGAGCGGCAUCAUCUUGCGUUUCCCCAUCAUGGACCGCUUGGCACAAGACGGUCUCAUAUGCGGUACCUGCAGGGUGAAGAAAGCCGCGCUGAGCGGACGCGAAGGUACACGGCAUGAACGAGAAAGCCGUCAUGAACCCAGAUGAGCAGCAACAAAGCGAAAGAACGCCAUUACUGCAGCGGGUGCCGGUUGAAGAGCGGCCAAGAGUCCAAUAUCCGCAUCAGACUGUGCGACGCUUCUGCACGAUCGCACUGAUAACCAUCCCGCUCCUCACCCUUGCCAUCAUCUUCCUCUGCAUUGCUAUUGCUGGUCAAAGCGACAUAUUUGGCGAUCAUCAGACCGAAGCAUCAGGACCACAGAGCGUCCUUACCGGAAACGCUGCAGAUGCACAUUUGCCGCACGCAGGAUGGCCAGCAAGCGACGGCAUUAGCUAUGCAGAGCUUAUAGAUAUCAUUCAGAAGACGCCAGACCCAGCAAAAGCCCGGGAAUGGAGCAGAUACCAUACGUCUGGCAUGCAUCUUGCAGGUCGGAAUCGCAGCCAGGCAGAAUGGACCCGAGACCGAUGGGAAGAGUUUGGCCUCAACAGCAGCAUCGUUAGCUACGAAGUCUAUCUCAACUACCCGCUUGAUCAUCGAUUAGCGCUGCUGCAAGAUGGCAAGGUUGAGUUCGAAGCCACGCUGACAGAAGACUGUCUUCCACAAGAUCCGACAUCAGGCUCUCCAGAUGGCGUGCCGGUGUUUCAUGGUUACUCUGCUUCGGGCGACGUCACAGCGUCAUAUGUAUACUGCAACUACGGUUCGUUCGACGAUUUCAACGAACUUCUCGCAGCCAACAUAAGUUUGAAAGGCAAGAUUGCCCUUAUGAGAUACGGCGGCCUCUUCCGUGGUCUGAAGAUUGAGCGUGCGAGCGAGCUGGGCAUGGCGGGCGUAGUGAUAUACACCGAUCCUGGCGAUGACGGUGAAAUCACGGAAGAGCAUGGCUACAAGCCAUAUCCGGAAGGCCCAGCACGUAAUCCAAGCAGUGUGCAGAGAGGCAGCGUUGUGUACUUGAGCUCCGCUCCAGGCGAUCCAACCACUCAUGGCUACCCGUCACUUCCUGGUGCGCCACGCGAGUCUACGGAGGGCAGAAUGCCCGACAUACCAUCAACACCGCUGUCAUACGCUGAAGCGCUCCCGUUACUGAAAGCUCUGAACGGACAUGGGCCGAAUGCAUCAUCCUUCUCCGCCAAAUGGCACACUGGUGGCCUCGGCUAUAAGGGCGUUGCCUACAGCAUAGGCCCAUCGCCUGACCACGUGCAGUUGAACCUCAUGAACAAGCAGAAUUACACCACGACACCCAUCUGGAACGUCAUCGGCGUGAUCAACGGGUCUAUCUUGGAUGAAGUUGUUGUGAUUGGGAAUCACCGAGACGCUUGGAUCGUGGGUGGCGCGGCGGACCCCAACAGCGGCUCCGCUACCCUUAUGGAGAUUAUCCGCUCGUUCAAAGUAGCCCUCGAUGCAGGCUGGAAGCCGCUCCGCACCAUUGUCUUUGCUAGCUGGGACGGCGAGGAGUACGCCAUCCUGGGCUCGACCGAGUGGGUGGAAGAAUACGUACCGUGGCUCAGCCAUGCAACCAUUGCCUACCUCAACGUUGACACUGGCGCACAAGGCACGAACUUUGAGGUCAGCGCAGCUCCGCUACUUCACAAGCUGAUCGUCGAGGCAACUUCUCUCGUGCAGUCACCUAACCAGACUUUGGCAAACCAGACGGUGGGGGAUCUAUGGGAUGGCCGCAUUGGUACCAUGGGCUCCGGCAGCGACUUCACCGCGUUCCAAGACUUUGUCGGUAUAGCCUCGCUCGAAAUGCAAUUCGGUACGGCACCAACGGACCCGGUGUAUCACUAUCACAGCAACUACGAUUCAUUCCACUGGAUGGAGACCUACGGUGAUCCCGGGUUUCACUACCAUGUCGCCAUGGCAAAGAUACUCGGCCUCCUUCUUGUGAAGCUGGUAGAAGAACCAGUGAUCGGAUUUGGCGCUACCGAUUACGCGGUCGCCCUUACGAGCUAUCUCAACCACGCCAAAGAGCAAGCCAAUCAGACCGCUUCCGCCGCACAUGAAGACAACCUUUUCAGCAGCCUGGAGACGGCCUUGCACUCCUUCCGCGAAGCCGCAGUGAAUUUUGACGCACAUGCCGCUGAGCUCCGUGAGCUCGUGGCUAUUCAUACAAAUGACACGGAAACCGUGACAGCCGCUGAUCUGUACAAGUCUGUGCGUAAGGCUAACACCAAGUACAAACUCCUUGAAAGGCAGUUCUUAUACAGUCCGGGACUUGACGGUAGAACGUGGUUCAAGCACGUUGUGUUUGCGCCGGGCUUCUGGACUGGGUAUGCUGGAGCGCUGUAUCCUGGCAUUACGGAAGGUCUUCAAUCGGGGAACAUAACAGCUGUACGGAAGUGGGUCGACAUCAUUGAGGCGAGAGUUGAUGGCGCGAUUGGGCUGCUGGAGGACUGAAUCGAACGAUCAAUGUAUGAGCAUAGCCCCCUGUAACACCACGACCGUAGCGCAAUACAGAUAACGAGGAAUGUACGACACACAGUCCUACACGAUAGUAGUCAAGAAGGCACAGGUCACUGGUGACGUUUACAAGUUCAUUUCAUUUGCAUUCGGUAGCAUGAAGACUACCAUGCUGUGCGAAGCUAACCUACAUAUUCCUUAAGAGUGAACUUCUGCCG